UUCAAACUGAACGGACGUAUUGAUCUCGGGGUCUGGCGUGAGACUUCGGAUAGGUGUCAAAUUCUCAUAAGAUUGCGAGUGUUUUGUUUGUUUUGAGCGACGCGUAAACAGAGUGACAUGAUGAGGCCCCAAUUAGUGGCGAUGGCCAUCGUCAUGCUGCUGGCCGUGAUCUGUGGUUCUGGCACUGGCUCUCUGGUGGAAGUUCCCGAAGUAACCCAGGCACCGCCACUCCCACCACGUAACCCCCGAAACAACCAGACGCGGUCGCGCAUGCCCAAUAACUUCCGAGGUCUGGCAGCCCCCACGAGUCCUCCGAGAUGCGACUACAGGGAACUGAUGACCAAUCUGCACGAUCGCGUUGGGGUCUUGGUGACCUUGGACGAGGACCAGCGCCACCGCCUGGAAGUCAUCGAUAAGAAAUUGGAUCAGCUAGUUGAAAGCAGUUCAGCCAAAAUGGAAUCUAUGAAGGCCCAGCAAAUGGACUUCCUGCAGCGACUGGACAGCUUCGAGCACAUCCAGCGACUGUCGAGGAACACUCUGGAUGAGCUUAAAGGUGAAACCGAUCAGGUUUUUGGUCCACGGCGUGUAAGAGAGCUAAAACACAAGCUCAACAACCGCAACAAGAUGAAGGUUCUCUCCCGAACUGCUCGUGAUAUUCCGCAGAGUCAGUAUGCCCUAUCCGGAGGUCAGGUACUUAACGAAACCAAUUUGAACUUAUCCGAGCGACUGGAUGCUUUGGCCACUCUUUUGGCCUCAACAGCUAUCAAUGUCAGAUCCGUGCAGGUUGAAGUUGGCAAUCUGGCAAAGGUUAUUAGGCGCCAGACCCGCGUGAUCCAUGGAAAAGGUCAAAAGGCGAGCGUUUCCCAGUCGCCCAUCUUCUACGGACCAGCCGGCCAGUCAGUGCCCAACAGCUGCGCCUUUCACAUUCUGGCUGUUGAUGGAAUCCUGAAAAUCCAGCUCACGCCCGAAUCGGAGUCCUUCUACGUUUCCUGUGAUGGGGACUGGACGGUUAUCCUGAGCCGCACUUCCGAUGAUGUGAACUUCGAACGCGGCUGGCUGGACUAUCGCGAUGGCUUUGGCAACCUGGCUGGGGAUUUCUUUAUUGGCCUAAACAAACUGCAUGCCCUGACCUCAUCCGGCUUGUAUGAACUUAGGAUUGCGCUGGAGGACUUUUCGGGCAACGUGGCAUAUGCGAGCUAUUCGCUAUUUGCCAUUGGCAGCGAAAGGGAGUCAUUCCCCCUCAUUCUGUUGGGCAAAUUCCAGGACAACCCGCUCAUUCCAGCGGGAGAUUCCCUGUCCUAUCAUGCCGGAGCCAGGUUCAGUACUGUUGACCACGAUAACGACAACUGCCUGGACUGCAACUGCGCCUUGAAACAUAAGGGAGCUGGAUGGUAUAGCAACUGCGCGAAGAGCAACGUUUUUGGUCAGUAUUUGCCCAAUGCCCAGACUGGAGAAACUGGAAUGUGGUGGGACACCUUCGCUGGUCAGAAUUCUCUGAAGAAGGUCCGAUGGAUGAUACGCCCCGUUGCCGAAUCAUUAGAUGACGCCAGGCGAUAGGAUCAGUCCAUGUCCAUGCCCAACUGCCAUCUCCUAAAUCAGGGAUAACCCACAAUCGAUUGCUUGCAUUUUAACCCUAGCUUUAGCUUUGAAUCUCUCUGUGCGUGUGUGUGUAAUAUUUAUGGAAAAUUACUUAAUACCUAGAUAAUACAGUAAUGUUACGAGUA